CAGCCACUGAAAACGCACCCGUUAAAGGCAUGAAUGGUGGUUCAAAGGUUGGCCACAUUUCUGUUUGGGGGGCCAUCUCCGUCCACGCAGAGGGACAGGUGAAGGCUCGAGGGGGAUAACAAGUGAUUCAUUCAAGAACUCCGACACGCGAGGAGGAGGAGGAGGCUCAAGGCUCGUAGAUAAAAUGGAAGCGCUCGUACUCCUGCUCUUGUUCUGCACAGUUCCUGGAUAUUCACACACGUUGCAGCCAAGAGCAGGCGUCGCACAGAGAACGCACCAGUCUGGACUGAGAGACGUUUCUAUUUUAGCCGAGGAGAGGGAACACGGAGGAAACACGGACAAGCAGGAGAUGAGUCUGGAGACGAACCCCGCGAGGAGACCUGUCAGGACUGUGGCGGAGAGAGGAGGAGACGGCGAAGACGUCAGAGGACGCGAGGAGAGAAUUGAGACAUUUUCUCAAAGUGCUAUUUUAAGGGAGGGAGAGAAACGAGAGGAUGGUCUGGAUCUGGUUUCACCAAGAACUUCAACAAUACACUCAGAUACCACCAAAAAGUGGAGUCCUAAUUCGAGGCAACAAGAAGAUGAAAAAUAUGAGAAGCUGAGACAAGAGGAGAGAGAAAGCGAGCUCGUUGCAGGGAUUAGUCUUUAUGAGACAAGAGGAGACACUUAUGAGGAUGAAAAGACCAUUUUAGGAGACGAAAUGGCAGAGAAGGGGGAGGACAUUAAAUAUGCAAGACAUAAUGAAGGGAUAGAAAGAGAAAAUGAGGAUCACGCACAAGUUCCUUUGUCAAGAACAUCCUCUGCUCAAGUAGGGACGGAGACAAAGAUGGCUGCGACAAUUCAAAUUAUCACCCGCUCUCAAAAUCCUCCCACUUUGCCUCCCCCUCCUCGAGAGCACCAUCACGUCCCUGCACGCAUUCUAGUUACAGACACACAAGUUCUUCUUCCAGUCUCCCCUCUCCCUCCCAGCUCUCACACCUCGGUUAGUCCUCAGUCAUUUCCUCCUGCUGUCACCCUACCCAGCCCGGCAGUCUCAACAGCAGUUCCUGGCGAGGUGAGGUCCGUCUCGCUGCUUGAAGACGUCCUCUUUGAGGUGUUGCAGACUCCUGGCCAUCACCGCGGGCAGAAUCGACCGGACUCAAAGGCUGGCCCACAUUUAGAAGAAGGAAUUGACCAAAAAAUAUGGUUUAAACCUGUGCGGAGCGAACUAAACACCACGCAUGAGGCACAAGAAAUAAACACUGUUGUUCAAGCGGGGAGUACAUUUGCUGCCAGCGCGCACACAGCAACACCAACACCAAACGCAGCACAGUUGGUCUUCAAAGAGUCGAGCAGCGAGGAGCCAAAUCCUACGCCGGACUCAACAGCUAAACGGGUCAGGUUUACACAUGAACCAAACACGACACAGCCCACUGACCGGCCCAAAUCCAAUAAACCGGGGGAAAAUGACACCGGAGCAUCUCCUCCCCGACCGCAAGGGCCCAAACCUUCAGAGCAACCGCGACCGACAGCUGCCAAAACGCCCUCAACGGGGCCAACGAAAAUCAACAGAGGUGGCAAAAAGUCCAAGGAAAAGAAAAGGAAAAAUGCCAGUGAAACCCAGAGGAAGGAGGAGGUCACCGCGCCUGCAUACUUUCCUUACUUCAUGGACAAUUACUGUCCACCUGAGUGUGCCUGCUAUGGGAGAGUGGUCCAGUGCUCCGACAAAGGUGUGGACAAAGUUCCUUACGGUAUUCCCUACAAUUCCCGCUACAUCCUGCUCAUGAAUAACCAUAUCGACAGCAUCCAGCCGGACCUGCUCAGUCAAUACGUUUCCAUGGAGUUCCUGGUCCUGAGCAACAAUCUGCUCACAGACGGUGCCAUCGAGGGAGCCUUUGAGGGUGUCCCAGCGUUGAAGCGCCUCUACCUGGAGAGGAACCUCCUGGAAGGUGUGCCAACGGACCUUCCCGCUUCCCUGGAGGAGCUUCGCCUCGACGAUAACCAUUUGGCGGUGAUGUCUGAGGCGGCCUGGGCCCAGUGUCCCGGCCUUUUGGUUCUCAGCCUCAGCAACAACAGCCUGGGGAGUGAGUCCGAGUCUCUUCCCGACGCGGUGUUGUCUCCUCUGCGUCAACUGCGCACCUUGAACCUGAAUCACAACCAGCUGACGCAGGUUCCUCUGGGUCUGCCGCUGUCCGUCAAGGAGCUGUAUCUCAAGGGGAAUCACAUCGAGCAGUUUCGUGGUGGAGCCUUCGACGGUACAGCAGAGCUGCUGGUGUUAGAUCUGAGUGCAAACGCACUCACGAACAAAGGCCUCGUCAGGGAUUCGCUCCUGAACGCUACCCUCUUAGAAAGCCUCAACUUGGAAGGGAACAAACUGAAGCAAGUUCCUCGACACCUUCCAAGCUCCCUAAAAACUCUAAAUCUCAAAGGAAACUUCAUCUCCUCAAUAAAGAAAGCAGCAUUCAGCAACAUGAAAAACCUAGAACACUUGGGCCUGGCGAGGAACACGAUCUCCAGAGUUGCACUCGGUGCUUUCAGGACGUUACCGAUCCUGCACCAGUUGGACCUGGGCCACAACACCUUGCUCCACGUGCCCAGGCAGCUGCCACGGGGUCUGCGCUCGGUCGCUCUGGCGCACAACAAGAUCCAGGCUGUGCCUCGCGAUGCGUUCUGCUGGGGCGAGAAAAGUGGGAGUCCCAGCCGACUCGUACACGUGCAGCUGCAACACAAUUUCAUUGACAUGGGGAAGCUGGACGCUCAGGCGUUCACAUGUUUACGGGGAUUCCAGGUGGUGCACUUCUACUGAG